AGAAUCGGCCCCGCACAUCAACACCUGAUCCAAUCCGCUAUCGAAUUCUAUCUGCAGAGUGAAGAUUACAAAGAGCUUCUGCGAAAAUAUUAAAAAAAAAAAUGUCUUCUUUUCUCUCUUCCCCUCUUCUCCUCCCUUCGAGUCCUUUAAGGAGAAAAACAUCUCAAGUAAUUCUUUUUAAGGCGGCUUCUUCUGUUAGCAAUAUUAAUGACAACGCUGAUUCUUCUUCUUCAAACGCUACAAGUACAAGAUUGAUCACUUUCUUAGGAAAAGGUGGCUCCGGCAAGACCACCUCCGCUGUUUUUGCUGCCCAGCAUUAUGCAAUGGCUGGACUGAGUACAUGCUUAGUGUUACACGGCCAGGAUCGCACUGCUGAUUACCUUCUCAAUUGUAAGAUUGAGUCCUCUCCUAUUGUAUGCAGUGGCAACCUUUCAGUUGUUAGGUUGGAAACAACUAAAAUGCUUCUUGAACCGCUCAAUGAGCUGAAGCAAGCUGAUGCCCGUCUUAAUUUGACACAAGGAGUUCUUCAAGGGGUUGUUGGAGAAGAGCUCGGGGUGCUUCCUGGGAUGGAUUCUAUCUUUUCAGUACUUGCACUUGUAAGGCUUCUGGGAUUAUUUGGGAAAUGGGCUCGAAGGAACCAUCAAAAAGAUAAAUUUGACAUAAUAAUUUAUGAUGGUAUCAGCACCGAGGAAACCCUACGAAUGAUAGGUGCAAGCAGUAAAGCAAGACUGUACUUAAAAUACCUGCGGAGCAUGGCUGAGAAGACUGAUCUUGGGAGAUUGGCUGGUCCUUCACUCCUGAGACUUGUAGAUGAAGCCAUAGGCAUAAGUGGGAAGCCAUCCCAACUCAAUGGAAUAAUGAGUGCAGAAAUAUGGGACAGUCUGGAACGAAUUCUUGAGAGAGGAUCUUCUACCGUUUCAGAACCUCAUCAAUUUGGCUGCUUUCUUGUAAUGAAUCCAAACAUUCCAACAUCUCUAAAUUCUGCAUUGCGCUAUUGGGGUUGUGCAAUUCAAGCUGGUACCCUGGUUUCUGGUGCAUUCGCCAUUGCUUCCCCUCAUUUGGAUGUAAAAUUUAUGGAAAACAUGGAGGAGAAUUUUUCACCCUUGCCAUUUGCUUUCAUUCCAAAUCUCUCAAUGGGUUCCUCUCAAGAUUUGAAUGCCAUCAUUCUGAACAAUUCCAGUGAAGGUGCAAGGGAUCUUCUUUCUUUGCCGGCAGGCCAGAAGUCUAGAAUGGUGUCCUCAAUAAAUUUUGAUGCAGCAAGAAAAUCAGUAACUCUUCUCAUGCCUGGUUUUGACAAGUCAGAGAUCAAGCUGUAUCAAUAUAGAGGAGGAUCUGAGUUGUUGGUGGAAGCAGGGGACCAAAGACGAGUCAUUUUUCUGCCUCCAGAAGUUCAAGGGAAGGUAGGAGGUGCCAAGUUCAUGGACAGAAGUCUUGUAAUCACAAUUCGAUAAUGCAGUUAUGAAAGAUUGUAUUUUUUUUUUUUUGGCCAGUAGUUAUGAAACAUUGUUUAAUGCUUAAUUCUCUUUUCCAUAUUGAAUGUCUUCUUGAAACAAAAGUGAUCGGAUUUUAUUGUAGCAAUUGAAUAAGGAAUUGAUGUGAUAGGUUCCUUUAAAUUAACAGAAAAAGCACUGGACUUCAAAUUUGGCUUAUUUGUCAGGGACCUAGAGGAUAAUAAAAAUCUAAGAGAUGGUAACUAUCCCGAAAGGAAGCUUUCUGCUUUGUAUCUGGGUGGUG